AUGACACCGGAUUUGAUACUGCUACGCCAGCGGGCUCUAGAUCGACUACGUACGUGGACGGAUCACGAGCUGUUGUAUGAUAAGCGAUAUUGGAAUGGGAGUGCUGAUAGCUUAGCAAGUGCUGCUCUGCAACGACAAUGUGGGAUCGAGGUCGAGUCUGAAAAGGAGAUCCAGGAUCUAGUGACCCUGAACCGGUUGGAUGAAAUCCUGGUAGUGAAGAUCGAAGACGAGGUCGCCCAGAUAUCGGCUGUAAUGACCCGAUCUAAAGCUAGAUCUGGCGUGCGCCUUGGGUCUGAUCCAAAUUCACUGCGUGAGGAAGUUCGGAUCCAGCAAGCACAAGAUGAGGACCUGUGGAUCUCAGGACUGAAAAAGUAUUUGGUUGGAGAGAUUCGGGAUCUGACACGAGAGGACGCUAAGAUGUUUGAAUCUAUCGCCAUGAACUAUAAAGUGGACCAGUCGGAUCUACUCUUCUACUGCCCGACAACUAAGGAAUUCGCUGCAGAUCGAGAUAAGCUGAUGCGAUUGGCGGUGCCUGAGACGCUUCAACAAGAUAUUUUGCAUCACUAUCGCACGAGUCUGCAGGGUGGUCAUCAAGGAAUCGGUCGUACUUAUGAUCGGAUCCGCGAUCUUUCCACUGGAGAGGGUUGUAUAAGGCGUACAGCGGCAAAGGACGAGGGUGAGUUACCUGGUAACCUUCAGGCAACAUACCCAUUUCAGAUGAUUGCCAUGGAUCACAUUCCUUCGCUGCAUAGAUCUUUCAAUGGCAACACAGAGCUGUUGAUCUUCGUCGAUCUAUUCUCUGGAUAUGUGAUCACUAAGGCCAGCGCCUCUAGAUCUGCACAAACAAUCGCUGAGACGUACGAGGAAUGCGUUUUCCGCAGAUUUGGCGCGAGCGAGGUGAUCCGGCAUGAUCGAGAGCCAGGUUUCAUGUCCGACUUCUUCAAGUCCUUCAACAAGAUCUUGGGUCGACGCCAACGGGCUACUAUGGCUAAUCAAAUCCAAGCUAAUGGAUCUGCAGACCGUAUGAUCCAGACAACCACCAGAGCUCUUAAGAUGUAUAUCUACUCUGGAAGCGGUGAUCCCGGUGGGGAGCACUCGCAGGCACGAUCGAGAUCCGAAAAGGUGGCGAUAUCGGAUGCAAAAAUAUUAUCAACAGGCUCGAGAACAAGUGAACCAACGUUUACGCGAAGCAAUUACGGAUCGAGCCGACAGGCACAUAAUACUCUGGUACGUCCACAUCCUGUGGAGGCUGGAUCAAGAGUGUGGUUGUACGUGGAGUGGGCGCGUGAAGGAUAUGCUAAGAAACUGGCGCACUUGUGGCAUGGGCCAUUUCGUGUCGCUGAGAAGAUUGGAGAAUACGCAGCGAGGUUGGAGAUUGCAGGAUCCGCGUAUAGCAUCUUCCCGGUGGUACACGUGUCGAAGGUCAAACCAGUCAGGAUCUUUCCUGACCGACCUAUAGCUCGCCUAGAGGAGUCAGAUGCAGAUCGGGUUAACUUCGAUGAAGCUCUCCUACCCGAAGACAGUUGGAUCCAAGACCCAGAUCAAUACGAAGUGGAUCGGAUUUCCGAUAUGAUAACUGGCAAAAGGACGAGAUAUGGACGGAUCUAUCGAGACGUUUUGGUGCAUUGGCGUGAAUAUGAAGAUCCGACUUGGGUAGAUGAAGCAGAUCUCAACUGUGGUGCCUUGCUGUAUGAGUUCCUGUGA